GCGCGGAAUCUUUAAUCAUUCAUUUUGCACGUCGGAGUGUAAACAUGAGCGCACCAAACAAUUUCAGCUGCGUUCAGCCUUAGUUCAGAUAUAUAAAGCUACAACGAGGCAGGGAACCUGCAGAAUCUGCAGAAAACAUAUAAAAUCGUCCCUUUACGAUGUGAAGAGAUAUUGUUUAUCUUAUUGAUUGAUUUACGUCAGAACCUACUGUAGCUGUCACUUGAAAGUCAAAAUCAUCAUACAGGUGAGCUCCUUAGGUCAGGGCAGCUGUACCAAAUCAUCACAAAAAGAUGAGCCAGGAGGUAUCCAUCCAUAGUUGGCCUGGCUCUUAUUACAUCAACAGUGAGAAACGCUGGGCCAGUGGCAUUCUUUCCUUAACCCGCACCACCCUGUGCUUCACUUCUGAGCAGAAACAAGAGAAACUGGCUAGCCUGAGGCUCUCGCGCAUCAUGGAGCUCAAGAUGGAGUCCUCCAGCUUAAUUUUUAGUGCUCUUACUGUGUUGGAGCAGGGAAACAUCAAGCACUGGUUUGGGUCUCUCAGGCCUUGUCGUAUUGCCGUUUACCACGUGCUAGAGCACUUCUGGAGGGAACGGCUGUUGUCACCCACAGAGCCACAUGGAGUUGAAGCUCCUCUUAGUAAGGGCCAGGAGCUGAUCAGCCUGAUAUCUGGAGCCCAAAGGAGGUUGGAAGAUACUGGAAAAGUCCUGAACCACCAGGGAGAGCAGUUUGACAACAUGAUUCAGGGCCUGGACAAGAUCGAAUCAGACCUGAACGUGGCAGAUAAACUACUCUCCGAACUUGAGUGUCCGUCUUGGUGGCCUUUUGGCAAACUGCCGUGGAAGAGCCACCAGGAGGCCAAGUCUGAGGCAGCUGCCAAAGUGCCCUAUACUAAAGUUUCAGGCAAGGGCCAAAAAGUCAUAAUCAGCAUUCCAGCUAUUGUCUCCCGUGUUGGAAACUCUGGAAACAUGAAACCAGGUAGCCUGAUGGUUUUGGUCUCCUCUCUGGAGGUUCGAGAUGCAAAUGGAGAGCUCCUUCAUUGCUUUGAGAAGGAAGAGGUGGACGAUAUCCAUGUGCACAACCCCUACGAGAUCAGUGUUCGUCAUCGCUUCAUUGGGAAACCUGACAUCUGUUUUAGAGUUCUCUCUGCCAGGAUGACUGAAGUUUUAUCUGUAUUGGAGAUGCAGUACAAGAAGAAAAUUGAGAUCACACGUGACUAUGCAGCAUUUCAGGCAACUUUGGCAACCACACCAGGAAGCCCAGAAGGUGGAGGAAACAUUUGGAGUGCAGGUCAUGGACAGCAAACGGAGGUGCCAGUGGAGGUGCCUGGUGGUGAACUGACACAACUUCAACUUCAUGUGCUUCAGCCCACUGUAACUGAGGCAGAGGCACAGGAGCUAAAACAGAUGCUCCAGCAGCUGAAGCAUCUUGCCCUGGAGGCUGAGACAGAGCUGGAGCGUCAAGACGAAGCUCUGGAUGUAUUGAGUUGUUCUACAGACCGCACCACCAUGAACAUUAACAGACAUACCUGCCGCAUGAGGAAACUGCUGUGAACUUAAUGCUUAAUGCCAGAUUAAUGAACAGCCCUGACCCGUCAAGGCAUGGACUCCACUAGACCCCUGAAGGUGUGCUGUGGUAUCUGGCACCAAGAUGUUAGCAGCAGAUCCUUUAAUUCCUGUAAGUUGCGAGGUGGGGCCUCCAUGGAUCGGACUUGUUUGUUCAGCACAUCCAGAUGGCUAAGCAACACCUUUUGACUGUAAUGUGUAAAUCCACAAACUUGUCAGGAAACGCAGACUUGCGGAGACAUCCCAAGGCCCAAAUCACCACAGGUCCACAAAGUGACAUUCACCAAGACCAGCAGAAACUUCAAUGAAUUCACUCUCUUUAACAGAACCAGUCUCAAUUGCUGCCAAUGAUAUGAAUUAGUCACCAGUAGGUGUCUUAUAUAUGUCAUAUGUAUCAUGUUUGUUUUAUAUAACCUGUGUAGUUCUUCCUAUGUGUGAAACAUUUAUUAUAGCCAAUUUUGCAUGUUUUUCUACCUCCAUUAGAGAAAUUAAUCACCAGAAGUAGCCUUAGACAUAUGAUAUGUAUCAUGCGGAGUUUGUUCUGUUUUAAACAUUUAUUACAGCUAAAUUCUUAUGAAGCCUACCGCAAUUAUGGGAAAUAUACGCUAUUUGGUGUCAGUGUGAUGAAUGAAUGAUUUCCAGUAUUUUGAUGCAAAGUAGACUUGUGUAGAAUGCACCACAUUUAAAUUAUGAAAGUUGGUUUCUUAAAGUGCUGACUAAAACUCUCAGAAGUUUGGGCGCACGUGACCAUGUGGACAUUAUGCUAAUUACAUGCAAGAACAGGGCUGCAUUCAGCCCCAACAAAACGUUGCUAAACGUUUUUUUACACGGAAACAGUGGUGCGUUGAACACCCUAUUCUGAUGACGCAAGAGUUGCAACUAUGGCAGCUGACAAGGCCAUUCUUUGUGUUCUUUUUGAAGAAUUUUCGGAGCCUGAUGAAAUCAGUAUAAAUACGUGUUUAAUACUGCAAAAUACGCUUGAUGUAACAGUCACUGCCCUUGCCGUCCAGAAUAAAAGAGAACAUCUCAAUCAAGUGAA